GUUGUUCCAAUUCGUAGUUAGGGACCUCUGAGCAGAGUAGGUGAGAAACUUUCAUGAAGUUACGGUUGACUUUUAUUAGAAAAUAAGUAUUCUUGUGCUAUUCCAAAUGAUAGUGUAAUUUUAUCGCCGUGCGUAAUGAUACCGUUUUAGUCCUUAAUAAUAUUAACUACCCAGAAAUUUUGCCGUGAGUGGGUCCGUCGCGUCCGACCAAAACAGGAAGUGUCAGAGUUUACAGGCUAGCUAACUAGCCUGCGUGGUACAUACGCAUUUUUACAUGUCAAAUUUUAGAAUAGUGUGGACUAUCCGUCAGUGCCAACAACGACAAGCGGUUAGCUCAGCAGUAGUUUUGAGUAAAUUUGUCCAUCGGCUUUUGUUUGUGGUAUUUAACUUAAAUGGAUACUCUGUCAGUCUGAGCAGAAGAUUAGCCGACUAACGUUAGCUAGCUGAAACGCUAUCACACUAAUUUGUGUAAGGGUGUUUUUUCUGCGUGGUUGGCUACAGGGUUCGGCUUUAAGUUAACGUUACUAUCUCCAGUGUCUGGUGUCCGCUGUCGUGGUUUACCCUCUAUCUGUCUAACCGGACAGCACCGUAACAUGAAGUUAUGGAGGAGCGAAAACUAAAAAGAAAGAGUCCCAGGUCCUCCACCAACACGGCGGCUCCGACUGGUGGCUCUGGCCGGAAAACGAACGCUUCCUCCGGAGGACGACACAUAGGCUACAGCCAUAACAUGGGGACUCACUCCAGCCAAAAGAGCAAGAGUAGGAGGGGAGUUAGAGAUAAACCCAGGCAUCAUCCGGGCUUGGGUGGGAAAGCUAAUCAGAGCCAGGGCCAGGCAGCACCUACCAUCCAGCACUCCUUUCUUACUGAUGUUUCAGAUGUGCAGGAGAUGGAAAACGGCCUGCUCAGUCUCCUCAACGACUUCCACUCAGGGAAACUACAAGCAUUUGGGAAUGAGUGCUCCAUUGACCAGAUGGAGCAUGUGAGAGAGAUGCAGGAGAAGCUGGCCCGUUUGCACUUUGACCUCUAUGGCGAGGUGGAUGAAAUGCCUGAGGACCAGAGGAAAAUAGCCUGUGACACCAACAUGGACAAAUUACUUCUUAAUCUUGAGGAGCUGAGUACUUCUAUCCAGAAACUGAAUCUAGCGGACUCCCAAGAGAUCCCGAGGACUGCCAGCAUCUGAUUUUCUCUUCUACUCUCAUCUCUUCUCAAGCCCCUCUGACCCGACUGUUUGUUUUGUGCCACCUUGAGGGGAAGCAACGGAUAAGGAGGAGUAGAAUCAAGCUUGAGGCACUAUUUCUCUUAAGUAUUAUAGCCGAAAUGACAACAAAACUAUACGCCAGCGUUCCCUGUCUGUACAGGGUGGAUGGAUGUGUCGUAAGAUGCCCCCACAGGGAUGCACUGACUUAUUUUUCACUAAUAUGAAUUCCAAAAUAGUUCUAAUCCUAUCAUACUAAACAACAAGAGGACAAUACCAAACUUACUGAGGUAUGAUUGAAUUUCACUACCCCUUGCGAUAAAUCAGAUACGGCCUAUAGAGGGAUAUUUAAGAUCUAUAAGAUAUAUCUGACCUACAGUACAGUGCAUCCCUGUCAUGGACUGUUUAAAGUCAAGUUGUGGCCACUUUACUAAUACAUUGCUAACCAAAGUGAGAUUGAUAUAAAGCACUUGCCUUGUUUUGUCCAACACUGGAUUCAUUCACAAGUCCUUGCAAGGAAAUUUUGUGUUCACUUAGCUUUGUUAAAAGUGAACUGACUGCAAACUUGCUCGUUUAGCUAUUUUCAUAUAUAUAUCAUUCUGUUGCACUUUGUCUUAUCUAUUGUCACAGGUCAGCGUCUGUAAAGUCUAGCUAGUCUUAAUUAAAGACCCUGAGCUACACUUGUCAAAAUAUAGAUACAGAAAUUUGUUUAGAAUUGUUAAAUUUCUUAACCUAUAGCUUUAAACCCAAGUUUAUAUGUUAUCUGUGAGGCAAUAAAAACCUUAAAGAUAUUCCCAGAUUAGAUUUAAUUUAUAUUUAAAUUUAUUAAACCGGCCAAAAAACCCCAAAAACAUUUAAACCCACAGUAGAUUCUGACCAGGGAUACUGCACUGUAUGUUAUGGGUUAGAAAAGUAAGCAGUAAACCCCAGUUUGUGAUUUUUCAUAUGAUUUCUUUCUCCGUGUGAGUGGCCUGAUCUCACCUCCAACACUUUGCUCAGUGUUGAAUACAUUUGCACACAUCCAUGCAACAUGCGGAACACACUGCACAUUAUCAGUGGUGUGUUGGUUUAACACGACGCUGGAAAAGAAUAAUCCAAAUGUUGACAUCACAACCAUGCCUUAAUUCUUUUAUUUAAUAAUUUCUGCCUUAUUAGUUAUAACUUUUUAACUGUUGGACUCUGUGUUUUUAGAUGAUAUAAUCAUUCGAUGCUGCUUUGAUUGUAAAUCCUACUAUGUUUCAUCACUUCUUAUUUUAGCCAGUGCUGGGGGGAUUUAGCACUAUAUUGAUGUGUUCUACUGUUUUAACUGUUUAGCUGGUGAUUUUAUUUUUAUUGACUAAAUAAAUGUGUUGUCUGAAAA